AUGGGGGUUGACCUGUCCACCUACAGGGCCCGGAUAGGCUGCUUCAGGAACCCGGCGUUUGGCCCCCUGUGCUGCUGGCAGUCAUGUUUGCUGGUGUGGAUGGCCAUCUCACAACUCAUGCUGAAGCUUGCAGGGGACGUGGAGGAGAAUCCUGGGCCCAGGCAACAAAAUGCUACCAGGGCUGCAAUAUCGACCAUUGAAGACAGGCUUAUCCGAAAAGAAUGGAAUAUAAUGGGGAAAAGAACUCUAUUGACACUGGACUUGUCUCGUGAAUACCAUAGUUCUCCAACAAGUCUGACUGAACUACCCAAGGAAGUUUUUGAGCUGAAGGAAUUGGAGGCCUUAGAUUUGAGAAACAACAAGAACAUCAAUAUUUCCCAUCAGUUGAUCAAACUUCCCAAUCUAAAAGUGCUCUGUUUAGAUGCAGGAUUCUUUGACACAGUUCCCGCUGCCGUGAUUAAACUUCCGCAGUUAGAAAUGUUGAUCCUCAGUAACAACGAGAACAUCACCCUGCCGGAUGAGAUGUCGGGUCUCACCAACCUCACUGUCCUGGUCUUAGACAGCUGUAACCUGGACACACUACCGCCUGUAGUGCUGAAACUAACAAACCUUCAGGUGCUGGAUCUAAGUGAAAAUAUGCAGCUCUCCCUACCAGAUGAGUUGAACGGACUGAUCAACUUGAAAGUGUUGAGACUACGUGACUGUAACCUGGACACCGUUCCCCUGGCAGUACUGAAACUCCCCCAGCUGGAGGAACUGGACCUCUUCCAGAACAGCGGGAUCCACCUGCCGGAUGGGCUGGCCGGACUCACCAACAUGCGGGUACUGGAACUAGGGCUAACAGGCAUGGAGACAGUUCCCCCGGCAGUCCUGAAACUCCCCCAGCUGGAGGAACUGGACCUCAGCUUGAACAUCGGGAUCCACCUGCCGGAUGGGCUGGCCGGACUCACCAACAUCCGGGUACUGAAACUACAGAUGACAGACAUGACGAUAGUUCCUCCGGUAGUAUGCAGACUUAUACAGUUAGAACGUCUGCACCUGCUCGGUAACCAACUACAGACGUUACCCGCGGAAAUCGGACAGCUCACUAACGUCAAACACAUGGAUCUGUCCUGGUGCAAGCUGCGCACACUCCCACCUGAAGUGUGGGGACUGACACAGUUAGAAUGGCUGGACCUGAGAAGUAACCAACUACAGACGUUACCCGCGGAAAUCGGACAGCUCACUACCCUAUGUCAUAUGGACGUUAGUGACAACCCACUAAUAAAGCCACCAACUGAAGUUUGCCGUCAGGGGAUCGCUGCUGUCAGACAGUACUUUGAUGAACUUGCACGCUCGGAAGAAAGAAUAAGCGCUCAUAUGAAAGUUGUCUUCUUGGGAGAGACAAUGGCAGGAAAAACAAGCCUGGUACGAACGCUAUGCAGUGGCAAGUCCACCCUGACAGAAGAAGAGGACCGCACACACUGUGUAGAGAUAACUAAGUGGGAAACUAAUGACAACAUCACGUUUGAAGUGUACGACUUUGGCGGCCAUGACGUGUACCAUCUCACUCAUCAGUUCUUCCUGACUCCGGAUGCGUUUUACCUGUUAUUAGUGAACCUACAGACAUACAGAUGCAGUGAAGAGAGGUACACGGAAGCGGUGGGGUUCUGGUUGGACACACUGAAUGCCCGCGUACCGGGGGCGGUGGUUUCCAUAGUAGGGAGCAAGAAGGACCUUUGUCGACCGGAAGAAGUAGAAACAAAGACCAAGGACGUUCAAGCAAGGAUCAAACUGCAAAGCGAGAUGUGGGAAAAAGAACAAAGACAAAUACGAACAAUAGACAUAGGCCAGCACCAAAUACGUGGAAAAAUUCUUUUAAAGCCAGGACUGCGUAUUAUCGGUGAUACGCUUGAUCUUUGUGUGUCCGUCAAACCCAAGUCUCGAUUCCUCGAGCUCCUAUCAUGGCAACGUCGUUCUUGGGUAAAAUUUAAUGACUUUUUGUUAGAAACAGCAAAUAAUGAUGAUUUGUUUCCGACAUUGAAAAGAAUCCUACCAAGGACGUGGGUAGAGUUCGAGCAACUGGCCAUAGUUCAACGCCAAUCGUUCAACGAAGCAUCCGAACAGACCAAUGAAACGUACUUUACUGUUAAACUGUCUCCAAAGGAGGAAAUCCAACAGCCCACACAGCACUGGCUGACAAUGACUGACUGUAAAAGGAUGGGGCAACUUGCUGGACUCUCACCAGAAAGACUGGAGCCAGUCCUGUCUUACCUGCAGCAGGUGGGAACCAUCCUCAGGUACACGGACAUACCGGAACUCAAGGACUUCGUCUUCCAUGAUCCUCCCGCCUUGAUCGAGCUUUUCAAAGACCUGUUUCAUCACAACAUAAGCGACCUUUUCUCAACACACAGACUGUCUCAUUUCACGUCUGCCCAGCUCAGUACAUUCCAGUCAGAUCUUUGCGACUGUGGACUGAUCCGGAAAGAAGUGAUGACGUGUUUGUUGCCGCCUAACGUCAAUCCUGACAUCAUCACAGCAUUGAUGCAGCAUUUCGGCCUGUGCUUUGAGGUACAAGCUAAGGACAAUGCAGAUCCAUCCAAACAUACCCACCAGUACAAAAUCCCUUGGUAUUUGCAUAAACAAAUGCCGGAAGAGCUGACGAGUGUCUGGCCAAAAGACGUGCCAAAAGAACAGGAGCAGCUGCAGCUGAUGUGCAACAUCACAGGAUUCUGUCCCCGGGGGCUGUUUCAGAGGUUCAGUGUUCGGAUCCAUACACUUGUUAAAGACAGGAUAGACUGGAAAGAUGGAGUCAUGGCCUACAGACAGGACUACCCCGUUCUCGUGUGUUCCAAACCUGUUGCAGACGACACGUACAUCACCAUAGCAACCAGAGGCAGGUUGGAUCAGGCAGAUGAGAUGUGGGGCGUGGUCCACCCACUGCUGGAGGUGCUGGUCCAGCUGCUGCAGGAGUGGCCAGGUGUGCUGUACUCCCUCCACGUCACCUGUGCGCACUGCAUCAAGGCAGGACUGGACAGGCCGUACCAGCACGAACUGAGGGACCGGACUGCAGAGGAUGGCCGUGACGUCAGGUGUCCCAGGGUCAAGAAGACAGCAUCAACGUCAGCAGACCUUGUGUACAGGCCAGCCAGAUUAUCUGUACGUUACUUCAAACUGGAAAUAUCCCAGGACCACGAUACGCCUGGAAACCCUCCAAAUAAGUUGAAGGAUGUAAAGGAUGAAGUUGUUGGGACAUCGAGAGUUUCAGAUGAACUUGACGUAUUGAAGUGGCUACUAACAGAAGUGAAAGCAAGUCACGACGCGUAUGAGGACAACCGCAACAGACUAGCGUCUCACGUGUCUAAGUUGGGACUAACAUUCCGGGCUGAGGUACCAGGAGAUGGAAACUGUAUGUUUCACGCCAUGUCAGACCAAGUUCUCCGCACCGAGGGGAAGCACAAAGGCCAUCUACAACUUCGUGAAGAGGCAGUCAGGCAUUUGAGAAGGAAUCCACACAAUGCUCAUGGCGACCAUUUUCGCAAUUUCAUUUCUAACCAAAGCUGGGAGGUGUACCUGGAGAACAUGUCACGUGACGGGACGUGGGGAGACCAUGUCAUCCUUCAGGCCAUGGCGGACAUGUUGGUUCGUGACGUCAUCAUCGUCUCAAGUGUAGAGGCGGACAACUACGUCACAACCCUACGACCCCAGACAGGAUCUCCGCCUAGAGCCGCGCGUCCUCUAUUGCUGGGUCACUAUGCUGAGAACCACUAUGCUAGUCUUGACGAGACACAAUCAGGAGGCAAACCUGUGGUGUUGCUGGUCAAUGACGAAUUCGGAACGUCGAAGGGUGGAAUCUCCACUGUUAACGGCCAGCUGAGAGACCUGCUGACUUCUGCCGGAGCGAAGGUCCUCAUCACCGUGUUAAACGCUACGGAGGAGGAACAGCAAGAAGCACUGAAACACGGCACAGACUUGGUCCUACCCAUUUCUCUAAAAGGUGACAAAGGACCACCCGAGUUAAUCUGGCUCACUGAGGACCACGAAUUCCGUUACCCUAACCUUCCACCGGAUAUAAGCGUCAUCGUUGGCCAUGCUGACGUCACCAGCACAGCUGCGAGAAACAUCAGGAAAGGUCGUUUUCCAUCUGCCAAGUUCAUCCUCUUCAAUCAUGUCAUGCCAGAAGACACUGAGCACUACAAGAGCCUGGAGAGGACCAUGAGCAUUGGAGACAAAAUGAAAGCUAUUCGGGAAGACACGGAAGAGGCUGACGUUGUGUUCUCCGUCGGGCAAACAAUGCAUGAUUACUACCAGAACCAGAUCAGGCUCUCACGGCCACACCAUCUGUUCCUGCCGAAGCCAUCCGACAUCUUCAGUCAAAUGGACGUGACGUAUGUCAAAACAAAAACCAAAGUGGUUCUGUGUGUCGGCAGGGUCAAGGGCGUUGAGAAGUUGAAGGGCUACGACCUUGUGGCGAAGGCGAUGGCCAUUGUGAUAGAACGUUGUGGUGCCCUAGAGGAAAGACUAGAUGUAAGAUUGAGAGUCCGCGGCAUCAGCGCUGAGGAUUUCCCAGAGAGCAAACGAAUCAUCCAAGCCAACAUUGAGAAGGGUACGUUCCACUUCACUCCUCUAAAGUACGACACGCAAGAAGAGCUGAGCAAAGACUUCCAAGAAGCUCACCUGGUCCUGAUGCCGUCACGCGCAGAGCCAUUCGGACUGGUCGGUCUCGAGGCCAUCGCUGCGGGCGUCCCGGUUCUAGUUUCCGGCAAAUCGGGACUAGCAGAGUUCCUGCAAAGCAGAGGGGCCGAAUUCAGCCGCCUGAUAGUAGACAUUGACGGCAGCGACGACGUAGUUGCCAAAGAACUAGCGGAACGCAUCAUCAAUAUACUUAAAGGUGGACAGGAGGAGUUCCAGGCCGCAAAACGGUUGAAAGACAAACUGUUGGCGUCAGAAUACUGGAAUGACGCGCACAGGAAGUUCCUGGAAGAAUGUGGCAUUCCGCAGUGACAAUGUCAUUGACACUAGUACUGUAACGUUUCUUUCCUAAUGAUAGUCCGAUUAGCUUUAACUGGCACAGCUUUGACAAUGUAACAAUCUACAUUUCUCAAUGCAUAACUAUUGUCUAAAUCAACACAUAUUAAGUCUUCAUAGGAUUUCCUGCCAAAUCGUGUAAAGUACAACAAUAUUUUGAUCACAUUUCCCAAACUGAAAUAUCUUUGCCUCAGGCAUGUCUGUUCUGGGAGUUUAACCUGGUCGGCCGUAGUUAUGUCAGAGGGGGUGGACACAGCGCUCUGUAGCAUUAAAUGCUCCCUAUGGGAGCAGCUUGUUGAUUCUGUAGCAUGUUGCUUCAUUUUUAUAGCAUGUUGCUACAUUUUUGUCGCAUAAUUCUACAUUUUUGCGCACCAUUUAGAGGCGGUGAAUGCAAAGACGCAUGACAUUCAAAGUAGACGAGCAAAAGAUUAUUUUCAGGUUCAAAGAUGUAAAUAAUCAAUAACUUUCGAAAGAUUUUAUGUUGACGUUGCAGGCAAUAUAGUAUU